ACAUAGCGGCUCUGCUGAAGCACAUUCCAGUGCUAUGAUUUCAUGGUACCAGGCAGCCCUCCCCUGCCACGCUGCUCAGCUGCCCGCUGCUUCUCACGGGAUGUACAAACAGCGAAUGUAAACUCUCUCCAAAGGAGCAAUGUUCUCUGUAUAUUUUUAGUGCUAGAAAUUCAAGAUUCAUUUAAGGAAUAUGGUAAUGGAUCGAAUUUUCUCCGGUAUCCAACCAACUGGGACACCUCAUCUUGGUAACUACCUUGGAGCUAUUCAGAACUGGGUGAAUCUGCAGGAAAGGUACAACUCGGUGUUAUACAGCAUUAUGGACCUGCAUUCCCUCACCAUGCCCAAGGAACCAGCUGUCUUUCGACAAAACAUACUGGACACCACUGCUGCCAUCCUCGCCUGUGGGAUUGACCCAAGGAAGUGCUUCCUGUUCCGACAGUCACUGGUUCCUGAGCACACAGAACUUGCCUGGAUUCUUGGAUGCUUAACUAAUGUGCCACGAUUACUACGUUUGCCUCAGUGGAAGAUGAAAUGUGCCAGCCAGAAUAAUGAUGGAAAUGUCGGUUUGUUGACUUACCCUGUUCUUCAAGCAGCAGAUAUUCUGCUGUACAAGUCGACACAUGUUCCCGUUGGAGAAGAUCAAGUCCUGCACCUGGAACUAGCCCAAGAUAUAGCACAACAUUUUAACAAGAAAUAUGGAGAAUUCUUUCCUGUGCCUAAAGCCAUUUUGAGUACAACAAAGAAAAUAAAAUCCCUCAGAGAUCCAGCGGUGAAGAUGUCUAAGUCAGACCCACAGAAGUUAGCUACUGUUAACAUAGCAGACAGCCCUGAGGAAAUAGUGCUGAAAUUCCGAAAGGCUGUGACUGACUUUACCUCUGAGGUGACUUACGAUCCAUCUAGACGCCCUGGUGUCUCCAACCUUGUGUCCAUUCAUGCUGCGGUAACGGGACUUAGCAUAGAAGAAGUGCUGCACCAAGCUGUUGGUCUUGAUACUGCUCACUACAAAAUGGUGGUAGCGGAGUCAGUUAUUCAAAAAUUUACACCUAUCAGGAAUGAAAUCAAGAAACUCCAGGAAGACAAAGCCUAUCUGAUAAAGAUUUUAGAGACUGGAGCAGAGAAAGCCAAAGAACUGGCUACCCCUGUCUAUCAAGAAGUAAGAAGACUGGUGGGAUUUCAGUAGAAACUGACAAGCAGUUGCAAGGACUUUUAUCACUUGCUCCUGGGACAGCUAUUUUUUUUGAAACAGUUUGAAACAAAAACUUUUUUUUUUUUCCUCUGCAAAAUCCAAGUAGAAUAGCUAAGCUCUUUGCAUCAAAAAAGGGUAUGAAGCCAGUUCCUUCCAGUGGGACCAGCUCUGAACUUAUCAGGAUGGUCAGAGGGUGCAGGCAAUCACAGUUAUGAAGAAAAUACACAAAGGCAGAAUACAAGGUUGCCCAGAUGGGGUUUUGGGUUUUUCCACAGACCACUACAAGAAGCUGAGGUAUAGACAAGAUGAUAUCUAUCUUGCAGAUACUGAUACCCAUACUGUAGAACUCACUGUGGCUCCUAGUGAUAGAUGGCCUCUUUGGAAGUCUCUCCAAAGAAUGCAGAGCAGAUGUGAAUUUCACGUAUGCCAGCACUGCCAUCCUCCUGAUUGAUUCUGAAGUUAAUUGUCAGAAAGCUACACAGGCUUUAACUCAUCUUUUUUCCACCUUCUUUUUGGUAUAGCAGGGAAGCCCUGAGAUUUUCAGUUCAGUUCAAGUCUAGGAUUGCUUUUGAAAAGGCUCAGGGAGAAAAGAUGCGUGGAAGAGAUCUUAUGUUGAUCUGUAUGUAAUUCUAUAUAAUUUGCAAAAUUAAUUAUUUAAAAGUUGUGAUGAGCUCAUAGCCAGGAUUAUGGUAAAAUAUUUUAUCAAAAUGGAAUUAAAUAGGUCUUUGUGAAACCUCACUGCUAAACCUCAUCUUCCUGGGUGUCCUGACACAAGAGGAACUUGAAGGACAAUAAAAAAAUCAUGUGGAUGAUCGUCUGUAUAUGUUGGAGAAGUUGCCAAGGGCAAGUCAGCCUACUGCCUGCAAUACAGCCACCUCAACUAAGAGGAAAAGUUAUUAUUGUUAUUAUUAUUAUUGUCAUUGGUGACUGAGAACUGAGGUCCCAAUACGCUGACUAGACCCAGAAGACUGCUGCCCCCCUGGGGCCUCUAUUAAAGAUGUUACAAGAAAACUUCCUAGCCUAGUGCAGCCCCAGAUUACUACUCAUUAUUGGUUUUCGAUGUUGGCAACAGUUAAGCUGUGAUGAGAUCAGGAAAUCAAUCAAAAGGUUCUGCAGAUUCUUGGGACAAUUGGUUAAAGGUUUGGGAGUGCUGAUAGUGUUUUUCUUUAUCCAUCCAGGUGCUUAUAUUGGAAGCAAUAUCCAGGCAGAGCUUAUCAAUGCAUGGCUCUGAGGCUGGUGUCACUGGCAAAAUUUUGGAUUUUUUGAUCACAGUAUGGUCAGUGCAACACCAGGCCUGUGGUACUUAACAGGAUGCACCAUUUUCAGAGAGGGAAAAUUGUUUGUUUUUUUUUUUUUUCUGGGCUUAUUGAAAGAACUUCAAGCCAGACUUGAAGAUGAAAAGAGAUGAAACGAGGCCUGCCAGUGAUAAGCUGUGAGAUGACAUACCAAAGUUUGAAGGAUGAUGUGCUACUGAGGUCCUGUGAGUGAUGUGUCAUGUUGAAUGGUUAUGGGCUUUUCAUGAGGGGCAGGCAGGGCAGGAGAAGCAGUUUGUGGCACUGUAUGUAAUGGAACAGCUUGGCUGUAUCGAGCUUACAAUUGGCAAUGACAUGAUUGAGAUACUCUGGUUAAGUAUUAUGGGACAAGCAGGCAAGCAGAUAUCAUUGUGGUACUCUGCUAUCACCACCCAGACCAGAUGACAACGCUAAUUAAUUACUAUGUAAAGAGUAGAAGGAUAUUUCUAGAUCAGCCACCCUUGUGCUAAUGGGUGACAUCAGUUUGUUAGGAGUUAGCUGGGAGCACCACACAGUUGAUACAAACAGGUCCAUAAAAUUCCUGAGACACCUUGACGGUAACUUUCUGAACACUGCAAACAAGGUCAGGUGAUGUCAGGGUACUACAAGAGGUGCUGUUUACAUCUGUAGAGAGAAAAAAUUGUGCAGCCAAAGCUUAUUUAGAGUUGAAGUUGGCCAGUGCUGUGCUGAUGGCGGCUGCAGCUCCUCACAGGGAGCGGAGGGGCAGCGCUGAACUCUGCUAUGUGUGUGACAGCGACAGGGCCCGAGGGAACAGCAUGGAGCUUGUGCCAGGGGAGGGGCAGCUGGGGGUCAGGGACAGGGGCUGCACCACAGGGAGGUGGGCACAGAGUUCAAGGAGUGUUUGCACAAUGCUUUCAGACAUGGGAAUUGAAUUUUGGGUGGUCCUUUGGAGCCAAGAGUUGGACUUGAUGAUCAUCUUUGAGGGUCUCUUCCAACUCAGGAUACUCUUUGAUCCUAUGAUUCUAGUACAUGAUAAGAUGUAAUGAAAGCCUUCCUUGUCCUGUGCUAGCAUAUUUAAUGGUGCUGUGUUUAAACUUUGAGAGUUUCAUACUUUGUAAGCUCGUGCCUGUGUCAUUUGUCAUGGAGAACUGCAGUCUUAUAUGACUGAGUUGAAAAAAUUGGGAAUUUCUAUGUAAUGCAGAUUUUAAUAAUUAAAGUUGUUUGGUUUUUAAUGCACUUAAUUAACAGUUAUAUGAUUCAGAAAUAAUUAGUUAAUUUUGCAAAACAAGACAUAGUGGUCUGAGCAUCUGGAAUCUGCACUGAGAGCUGUAUUUGCUCAUUAAGGAUCUGAAGAAAGAGAACCACGAGGCAAAUAUUUGAUAAUGGUGGAGUUUCUAGUGUUAGUGCAAGAGGAGCAGAGUGAAUGGUGAGAAUGAGGUAAAACACAGUGCAGUAUUAACAAGUCCUCUAGAAAUAACAAAUGUAUUCAAAAACAGUCUUUGAUUUCAAAGUAACUGUAGCAGACUGCAACGGGGACACAUUGCUGUGGUUACAUAGGUAUUUCAUUAGACUUUUAUCAGUGUUUCAUAAGAUAUUAAAAAAAAUAUAUACCAGUCUGCAUAGGAAACAAGGCAAAAAAAAUAGGACACACCUCAUGAUUAGUAUUAUUGAUUAAUAUCAAGAUUAAAGCUUACUGGGUUUGUUUAACUAAAUGCUUCGGUUAAAGUAAAUCUUCACUUUUUAAUGAUUUUUUUCUUGCGCAAAAAUUGUCAACCUCUGACUUCUGUACGUUGUGAGUCAAAGCAUGUAACAUUAUGAAAAGCAAAUACUCCCUCCUGCUGUGACGCUUGGAUUGGACCAAAGGCCUCACCUACAGUUGGUUCCUUAGGAGAAACUGGUACUGUACUUGUGAGAUGCUGACACAGAGAAUCUUCAACAAUAAUGGAUCUGA